GCCACUUCGCACAACUUUAAGCGGGAACGGUGCCGUUUACAAGUCUCCAUCGUACUUUCUGCUUUAGAAUUGAAUUUUCCAAUUUAUUUUCAACUAUUUGUAAAUAACCUGAGCAUGCUGAGGAAGGCAGCUGUGCAAGAGUAUUUUUUUUUUUACCUGCUAGUCUUUAGCCAACUAUUUGGCGUCCACUUAGGUUCCGAAUUAGGAAUUGACGGUGACUCUAGUUCUCCCAAAAAAUUGCUGAGUGAUGCUCAAUAUGUAAACGCUUUUGAUGCUGAUUUGCAAACUAAGACUCUAUAUUAUUACCAUACAAAAGAGAAAGUUAUCUACUCUCAACCUUUGGAAGGUGGACAACGAACUGAAGAAUUCUCUUAUAAUCUGGAAGGAUUAUAUCGCAUUCAGUUCGAUGGCAGAGAUAAUAAUUUAUAUCUUGGUAUUAAUAAGAAGAAUUUGGGAUCCUUUAUCGUCGUUUGUUCUCUACAUAAAUCAAAGAAAGAAAGGAAGUGUUCGACAAUUGUAGAAGAAAAACAGAUUAUAACUUCUUUCUUAUAUGUGGACAGGAAAUUUGCUCUAUUAGUAAAUAAUUUAGAAAAACAACAACAAGAAGUUAAAAUAUGCGAUGGAGAUUGUAAAUCGAUUGUUAAACUUGAUAAAGACGAAGAGUUUGUAGGAGAUAUCACUUAUGACUAUAACAAACACACAGUUAUAUGGACAACUAGUGAAUCCAACUUUGGAUUCUAUAAAUUAAAGAAUGAGGUUACUCUUAGAAGGAAAGCUACAAAAAAAGAUUUUAAAGUUGAUUCAUUGGCGUUUUUCAAUGGAGAAAUAUUUGUAGGAGAAAGGGAGACUGGACAAUGUUAUCGUUUUGAUAUCCAUAAUAACUAUAAAAAAGUGGAUAACUUGAGAAUUGGCACCGUUUCCGCAAUGAUGACGUCUUAUUAUGAUAAAGAUGAUUACGAAUCAUUUUGUAAUGACGAAAAGUGUGCUACUAGUAUUUGUGUAUCAACGACAAAAACUUCACGAUGUAUUUGUCCCGUUAAUGGUAAAAGUAGAAACUGUGCAAAUUUCAACGACGUAGAAGUAGCUAUCGGUGUAUUAAUUAGUCGUAGCGAUGUUAUUCAGUUUUACCCUGAUGCUAUGGGUAUAUUUCAUUCAAACAUAGUUUAUACCUUCAAAACUCAGUUUUCAUCAGUAAUUGGCGAUUAUUCUAUAAAAUCAAACUCUUUUAUAUAUGCUGUAUCCGAAGGUAAAUAUGCUGAGUUCUACAAGGUAGAUUUAAAUACUGGAAGACACUCUCUACUGGAAAGAAUGGAAGAUACUAAAGUAAGGUCUAUUGCUAUUGAUCAAAGAACUGGUAAUAUCUAUUAUUCGUCGAAUUUUGGUAUUCGAAUUUUGACUGAGAGCGGUCGGCAAGGCAGAUUUAAAAAUAAUAUUGUCUCAUAUGAUAUUGGUAGAAUCUUUAUCAAUCCUUUCGGUUACAAACUACACGCCUUCCAACGACACAAACACAAUAACGAAACAAUGGUAGUUAAUUACGAUAUGGGUUUGGAUGAAGUUGGUCGGAAUCUAUUUUUUUAUGAACCUAAUGAUGCUUUUGGUGUAGAAGCUACAAGAGAUGGAGAUAUUGUUGCUGGCCACAUUGCUUCAAAGUCUGGUUAUCGUGUUAUUAUUGAAUCUAUGAAAACUUUUGAAGAGAAGAAAAUUACUUUAAAAACUGUACCAAGCCAUAUUAAUCCGCACGGAAGUCAAUUAUUUUAUACUGUAGAUAAUAGGUUAAUAUCAUAUGACUUAAACUCUGAUGAUUCGAGUGAAAAAGUUAUUUUAAAGGGUAGCGAUUCAAUAGAUGUUUUAAAGAUUUACUCGAGAGACUUUAAAGGUAUUGAAAUGAAUGCCUGCAAGUUUACAUCAUGCAGUCAUGUUUGUGUAAUGCUAUCUGAAGAGGCAACGAAAUGUAUCUGUCCAAGUUUUUCAUUUUUAAGGGAUAAGGAUAAUUGUGAAAAUCCUGGUUGCGAUAAAGAUGAAUACUAUUGCAAAAGUGAACAAGGAAAUUCUUGUAAAAAAUAUUCCGAUCAAAAAGGCUGCAAUAAUCAAAAUAAUUGUAUAGAUGAUAGUGAUGAAUACGAUUGCGAAUACGGAUUUUGGAAAUCGUCCUUUUGUAGGACAGAUACGGAAUACUAUUGUGAGACAGCUAUUUUCCCCAAAUGCGAACGGAGAGAAGACCUAUGUAGCGGUGAACAUAGGCCCAAAUGCCUUAAUACUAUAGAUGAAAAUGAAAUUUGUAAAAAUUUUAAAGAGUGUAAAAAGAAUCAGUUUAAGUGUAAAAACUCUAAACCUCUAUUCGCUAUUUGUAAAAGUACAAGUACAGUUUGUGAUGGUACACCAGACUGUCGUGAUAAUUCGGAUGAGGACGGUUGCACAACAAAUUGCCUUCAAGGACAAUUUGCUUGCAAGGACCAGGAUGAUUCUAAAAAAACUUUUCAAUGUGUACAAAAUACGACACUCUGUGACGGAAAGAAUGACUGCGCAAAUGGUUUAGAUGAAGAUACAAGCAUAUGUGAGAGUCAUUGUUCAAAAUCUGAUCAAUUUAAAUGUGAUUAUUAUGGAAGUACUUGUGUGCCUAGUUCGCUUGUAUGCAACGGUGUUCCAGAUUGCGAAAAUGGUAGAGACGAGCAAAAUUGUAAAGAAUGUACAGACAGCGAAUAUAAAUGCUCUGACUAUAUGGAUGAAACGAUAUGCAGCAAACGUUGUGAUGGAAAUAAGGAAUGCUACGAUGGAAGUGACGAGAAUGAUUGCGACUGUGACGAGAAUGAAGUAACUUGUAACUUGAAAAUAUGCAUUGACCACAAAGACUGGUGUCAAAAUCCCAAUCCAAAAAAGUGUUCACGCCCGAGAAAUAUACCUGACUGUAGCACUACUUAUAACCCUAUUACUACUCCUAUUAGUACUACUAAUGCCGCUACUACUAGUAUUACUGUUGCUGCUACUACUACUGUUGCUACUCCUCCUCCUGCUGUUGCUGCUGAUGAUGAUAUAACUAGUACUAGCAGUAGUCCUUCAACUAGUCAACAGACGCCUACAAUACAAUCGGAAUCAUUUGAGUCCAGUGUUUCAACGCUUUUAAAGAAUUGUUCUAAUGAUCAGGAGAUGCUAUGCAAAGAUAAAACUAAAUGCAUACAUAUUAAGUUAUUUUGCGAUUAUUCGCCAGAUUGCCCUGAUGGUUCGGACGAAGGUGGUCUUUGCGAUGAUUCGAGUGUUUGUAGGAGUAAUCGAAUAUGUAAGAAAGGUAUUUGCUAUAAGCUUCCACGGGGUAAACCUAUCUGUAAAUGCCCACAAGGGUAUUUGCAAACAGAAUCUGAUUGUAUUGAUAUAAAUGAAUGUGAAGACGAUAAUCCAUGCGAUCAGAUUUGUGACAAUCUUGAAGGACAUUAUAAGUGCUCUUGCAAACCUGGAUACACAAUUGAUCAUAAAACGGGUACAUGUACAUCGAGUUAUCUGCCAACUUUCUGGAUUGGAUCAUAUUCAAAAAUUUAUCAAUAUUCAGAAACUUACGACUCUUCUAUCAAAUGGCAAAUGAAAAAUGAAAAUCAUUUGUCAGCAAUGGCAAUGACAUCGAAAACUGUUAUAUUAAGUGAAGUAGGAAAGGAUUCAACAAGCAUCUAUCAAUUUAAUAAAAUGUAUCCAGAUCAAAAUACCACUAUUAUGAAGUUUGAAGAUAGCGAAAUUCUUGGAUUAGCCUAUGAUUGGAUUAAUGAAAAUAUAUAUUACACUGAAUAUAAACAUUACGGAAACUAUAACGAUAAAGGCACAAUUGGUGUUUGUACUAUAAAAGAAGGCGAGACACUAUGUAAGACGCUGUUUAAAGGUAUUGGAAGGUUUUCCAAGGUAGUCGUUGACCCUCUUAAGGGUUAUAUAUAUUGGGUCGAAUUUCAAGGAAGAUACAAUAUACGCAGAGCAGAUAUGGACUGUUCGCCCAGCUCUAUUCGUACAUUGUUUGAACCAGAUAUACACAGUGAACCGCUAUUGACUGUUGAUUACGCAACGCAUAGGGUUUACAGCUAUUACGAUGGUAAAGCUUAUUCGACUGAUCCUGAAAUGCCAAAGAAGAUUUGGUCGAGAGGUCUUCACCUUGACGCUCCAAAAUCUAUGGAUUUUUUUGAAAAUAAGAUAUAUUUUGGUGCUCAGGAGGGUUUGAUUGAAUAUUCCAUCAGAUCAAAUGUUCAAAAAACAAUUUAUAGAUUAGACGAAAAAGUAACUUUCGUUUUACUUUCUCAUAAGCUUAGGCAACCGAAAGAUUCGAAUGAGCACGAAAAAGCGUGCUAUCCAGCCUGUUCGCCCAAAGAAAUCUGUUUAAUGAACCCGAAGGGUGGAUCUUGUGUCCAGUCGGAUAAAACACACACGGUGACGCAACAACCGACAAAUUCUCCGGAUGAAUUUCUGACGGCUUUACUGCUCGUUUGGUUCUGGGAAAGACUUAAGAAAUGGAGCAGAAAGCCGUUAAAAUUGUGUGCUGGUUUGACCACUAUGAUUUUCCGAAGGAGUGAGGAUGAAAGGAACCUGGUAGAAAACCCUGGAUUUAUCGAGGACGUGCAUGAAAUUGACGAGAAAGAUGACGAUAAAUAUGUUGAAAUGAGCUACAACGUAUGA